AGUCGUUACUAACCCCCAGCACAACACGCUCAAAAUCAGUCAAAAUGGGAAUUGACCUCGACCGCCACCAUGUUCGAGACGGGCACCGCAGUAUGUGAACCCCCCGUCGAGUCGGCGCAGAAAUGCGCUGGCGAUAGCAGUCUUUUAGACGCAACAUGAGCCCGAGAGAGGAGAAAGAUUGACGAGUGUACAGAGGUCCCUAAGUCCACCAACCCCUACGUCAAGCUGUUGGUGCGUCUGUACAAGUUCCUGGCUCGCCGCACCGAUGCCCCCUUCAACAAGACCGUUCUGCGACGCCUCAUGAUGUCCAAGACCAACCGUCCCCCGGUCUCGCUCUCCAAGAUUGUCUCCAACGCCAAGGGACACGACGGCAAGACCAUUGUCAUCGUCGGUACCGUCACUGACGACAACCGCAUGCUCGAGCUCCCCAAGCUCUCCGUUGCGGCUCUCCGCUUCACUGCCUCCGCUCGCGCGCGCAUUGAGAAGGCUGGUGGUGAGACUCUCACCAUCGACGAGGUUGCCACCCGCUCCCCCACUGGAUCCAACACCCUCCUCCUCCGUGGACCCAAGAACGCCCGUGAGGCUUUCAAGCACUUUGGCUUCGGUCCCCACUCCGGCAAGAAGCCUUACGUCGAGAGCAAGGGCCGCAAGUUCGAGCGUGCCCGUGGUCGCAGAAGGUCUCGUGGUUUCAAGGUCUAAGCGUGUGCUACAAGUGGUUCGGUUUCUCUGGUUUGGCGUGGUCAAGGUCAUGGGAAUUCACUUAUGAGGCGUGCAUCAUGACUAGGAAUGGCUCUUUGAAGGCCUAUAAAAAGAUACUCGAUGCUCAACAUGAAAUGAAAGCAUACGAACGGGCUCUUCGAGCUCAUGGUCAACCCAUGAAUAUCAGUACCUCAUCGUGAAACAGACGUAUUUAGUGAUGUAUUGCAACGUUUUUAGUACUGUACAACUUUUUCCUGCACUGCUUGUCCGCAUUCGGCAAC